UCUUGCUCUUAUCCUUUUAUUUGAUGAUAAACACUGGGACUGACUGUUACUUUUAGUGUUAUUUCCCUUGUUUUAUUGGAAUUAUUCAUUACACGAUGAUCACAAUACUGAGGUUUGCUGGAGAUGAUUCCUAUCGCUGAUGUAUCUGGACAUUGUGGAUUAUAGACUGAAUAUGGGAUUAUAUGAAGCCGCUAUGUUGGGACGGAUCAUAUACACCCUGACUAUUCUGAUGGCACCUAAACCUAUCAUCUCAGAAGGGAAACCCGAUGUCCCUCUCCCAGUACAUGGAAUAAUAAACCAGUCGGCUGAUCUGUCGCUUCCUGUGGAUCAGAUCGGGUCAGAACUAGAGAUCUACUGGAAUUACCAGACCUACAUUUUGACUCAUUUUACAAAUAAUCAGCUGAAGAAUACAGAUGAUAAUUAUAAGAACAGACUGGAGACACUGAACAAUGGCGCAACACUGAGGAUUAACAACCUGAGAAAGGAAGAUGGCGGGAUAUACUACGCAACUGUAUAUAUUACAGACAAGAAAGAGUAUGAGUCCUAUAACCUGACUGUAUACGAUCCUGUUCCCUCUCCGGAAAUACGGAUUGAAGUGAAGGAGAAUACCAAAGAGCGAUGUAAUGUUACUCUCCGUUGUUCUGUCCCAUCAAAUACAUCAGAUUUGUCAUAUACUUGGAAAUACAGACACCAAGACCCUAAGUAUCAUCUGUAUAAUAAUGGAAGCGUCAUCCAGAUAUCAGUGAAUUUUGACUCCGUGGACAUGGAAAUCCUGUGUAUAGUCCAGAACCCGGCCGACCAGAAGAAUGUCUCCUAUACUGUACGGCACAUCUGCCAUGAUCUUGUUCCUGUAAGCCAAAGCAAAGAUGGGAGAAGAUAUUACUAUUACAUGUCGGUCAUAAUGGUAAUAUUGGUCUUGGUAAGCGUCAUGUUGGUGUUUUUUCUAAAUAUUAAAAGAAAGAAAGCAGAGAAGGAAAGUAAACAAGAAUCAGAAAUCCAAUAUGCUGAACUUUCUCUGGUAUCCCAAAGCUGGAAAAAUCAGAGAGACGAACCUAAGGAAGAGGAACAAAGUACAGCAAUUGAAUAUAGCACACUGGUGCACCAACCUACUAGAACAUAAGAUGGGAAAUUGACGUGUCAUCUAGGACUGCCUUUAUUGGAGUAGUCGGUGUUUAUAUGAAAAGCCUACUUCUCCCAUAGGGUGCAGUAUUGCCUGGAUUGACUCUGUCAGCAACCACUGAAAGAAAGAAAAAAAAUGUAGCAGAACACCAGGCUUGGACAUUUCUUCAGACCAAAUGUGCUUCUUAAAGGAAAAACUGAUACUCUGUUAUGCUUAGUGCUGGACCCAAGGGGCGGGGCAAGACAGAGAUCAUCAAAGAAAGAAUCCCUGUGUCAUGCUCCACCCCCAAAGAACCUACACAAAAGGUAUAACACCAGGUGUACAUUAUUCCUGGACUAUUCUUUUGGCCCCUUGAGGACCAGAAGAAUUUUGACAUUGAGGUCAAUUUUAUUUAUUUAUUUUUUUUAUUCUGCCCCUUCGCAUUACAGUGGUGAUAACUUUUUUUUAGUGCCUACACAAGGUUUUGUUUUUUACCGGAUAGGUUUUACUUUAUGUAGGUGCCGUGUUUUUGUACAAAACAAUUUCACUGCUGUUGUUUUUCUUUUUAAUUCAUAUUUGAUAUAUAAUAUUUUUAUAUUUUUUUAUGGAUUUGAAGAAACCAAAUAAGUGUAUAUUAUUUGUUAGACAGAGAGAAAAAUGGAUUGGGAGCUCUACAUAAACGAAAACCUAAGCUGAGGAAGCUGUGAUACACAUUACCCUAUGUGUCCAAAACAUACAAGAAAAAGCUAAAUAUUGUGACAGUCCUGCUAGGUUAAGGCUAAGAAGAGAGAUGAAGGUAGACAACCCCCUACCCCCCUUGGAACUUCUGUUACAAUUAUCCCUGUGUCGUCAUGGUAAAAGUGGGUAUGAAUCAAGGGGACUCCAGCGCUGCACAGCGCACCUGCCCGGCACGUACAUUUAAUCCCAGUCCCACUCAAGGUCAAUAUUGCAUUAAAGGAGAAAAGGUGAAGCCGGGAAGUGGUCUCCGCGCUGCGAUACGUUCGGUGGAAUCGGUAAAGAUUCUGAGGUCAUCAGUGUUGUAGAUUCAACUUUAUUACGUUCACACAACGCGUUACUGGGUGUAAACCCUUUCAUCAGGCACCGUCACCACUGUAAGUAGUGCACUUUGCACCUAGUUCCACCAAAAGUUGUUGAUUCUUUCGGUGGGGGAUUAUCACUGAUGUUAGAUGUGUGCAGCGAAAUCUCUGAACAAAAUUCUGUGUAGAGAUUCCGUAGUGUGAACAUAGUCCUAACAGCCAAACUUUUUAUAGCUAUCCAGCCGUGCCUGCAAUUCUUAGCAUCAAAUACCACUGGCAAAUUCCCCUUGUGACGGAAUAUAUGCUGUCCAGUUGUCUUGUCUGUAUUACUCCAUGAUGUUCAAUAAUAUGAGAGUAAGCUAUAAGUAUAGGUAAAGGUAUAAUCCAGCUCACCCCCGAAUAGGCGCCCGGACUGGACUUGAAUCGUAAUAAAGAGUUCUGUUCACGAGUUGGCACUGGACAUUUGCCUUUUUCUCUAAACUAUAAGUAUAUGUGGUGUCCAGGUACUGUAUUUCAUACUGUACCUUGCGUGCUGGGUCCCCAAAGUCAGAGUUCCUUCAUACUGUUGGGGUCGGCUUGCUGAGAUAACCCCUAGUCACCUCUUCGUUCCUUAAUUAUAUGUGUUACACCUAUAUAAUUAGUGUAAAUGUAUUUAUCUAUAUAGUGUCUGCAGGACCUUAGGUCACAUGACUAAUGUUUCUACUGUGAUGGUAUGCUAAAGGACCUUCCAGGUCACGUGAGUAGUCACAUUUUGUACCAUAAUCCUUUGUGUAAAGGACUGACAGUUGGGAUGAACCAAUCAGCUCAAGGCCAGCCCCUGCCCAUAUAAGGGAGCGGCCAGCCAAUCCUCACGGUCUUGUUCCUGAUCAUCUCUUGAGAAAGCAUCACUCUGUACAAUUCUGCAAGAGAACUUAGACAUGAAGCCUAACAAUCCCGCAACUUACUAACCGUGAGUUACUAAAUCAAAUCCGGCUAAAGCUAACUUGACUGCUGGACCUAAAACCAAUCCCCUAAAUCCAGCGGAACAGCGUAAAUCAAUCUCCAGAGCUUAGACUCGCAAGGUCCCAACCAACUAUCAGGAUCCUCAUAGAAUGUACAUAUGUAAAGACUGUUCCUGUUUUACCUCUGCAUAAAAUCUGCAGUCAAGUUUCCGACAGUUUUCUGAAUCUCCAGUUGUGGACAAUCAUUUAUUCCUCCCUAUCGUUCUUGGGACGGGUGGCGAUAGGACAAGUAUAUAUUGAAGAGCCCUCACCCUGGCGUCACGACAGUUAAAGGGG